AUUAAAAAAAAACUAAGUGUGUUCGUACCCCUCUAGUACUGAUGGCCGUAGAGGUAAACAAGGUGGUGGCCCAGAACACUCAGAUCAGUAAGAAUGGCAGGAGUGUAUGGAGUUCUGCGCAAUCUUCAGCAUCUUCAGAGAGGGAGCUAUGUAGCUUUGCUGAAAGUACCGUCUGUUUUAUCAUGCACUACUAAAGUUCAUCUUUGUAGUAGAAUUACUGAGAAACAAAUCCACAUUUGCAGAAAAUCACAAAGUUUGCUUUUGACACGGAAGUUUAGCUCUCAGGAAAAACAGACACCAUCUUCUAACACUGAGUCACAAGUUGAUAUUGGACCUGGAUCCUGGAAGGAAAUAUACCAUGGGAUCCUCUCAACCCAGAUAAAGAUGGUGAAAUUGUUCUCUCUCUCCACUUCUUUCUUGGGUCUCAUGGUACAGCCUGUGCUGUUGCAGAAAGUUGUUGGUACACAAAUGGGUGUGAUACUGGCUGUUGGUUCUUUUAUUGGAUUCUUCACCUUUGUAACACCAUUAAUCAUUCACUGGAUCACAAAGAAGUAUGUGACUAGUUUGGAGUAUGACCCCAAGAGGGAUAUAUAUUCAGCCACCACUCUAUCGUUCUUCCUGAGGCAGAAAAAG